AUGAUAAAUACGGUUCGUCGGUUCUUAGUUACUGCAAGCUUUACUUUGCUCGAUUCACCGUGUUGUGGGAAUACAAAUGAAAUGAGUAUCCGACAACUAGUCAUUGUUCGUCUUGCUCAAUGUGUACAGUCAAGACCACCAUCGCAACGGUCUCAAGCAGCGAUAUCCACCCUUUAUGCACUCCUGAAUGAAAUGGCCAGAUACGACGACGAGAUGCGGCACGAUACAGAAGCAGUUGCGGGAGAACUAGGCGACGAACGACAACGACAGCAGAUGGCUGCUAUAAUUGGUAUUGCGGUUCAUUUAAAGGCUGAUGAAGUUACUGCACAAGCUUUCACUAUGGUUCUUUUGAGGCGUAAACUAUUGUCAGCACCGUCGACAUCUCCAAUCAUGAAGCAACUAGUUCAACUAGCACUUGUCAGUCCCGAGUCUGUUUUCAACGACAUUAUCAACCUCUUAUCACUGCUGUACCGCGAAUCAUUGACAUCGACGAAAAACAAAGAAAACAAUGCACAGAUAUUUAACGGGGUAUUGCAAGCGCAGCUUGACCUUGCAAGAGGUCUUUGUAAGCGACCCGAUUUCUAUGAAAGCUAUCUGCGCAAUAUCCUCACGCUAUUUAUUGAGAAUGGCAUCCUCAUCGAGCGCAUGAUUGUUGCAGAGGCCAAGAAAGACCAUGGGAAGCACAAGGAUGCUUCAGAGGGAAGCUUAACAUCGUUGAAAGGAAGGCUUGGCUGCCUUCUCACGGUGCUGCACGCACUACUAGAGCAUAGCGACUUUAACCCCCACAGAAAUUCGUGUGAGGAAAUGGCUGUACUUUUCCGCAAUGCCUGGCUCCAAUGCGUGUAUUUUGGUUUUACGUCGGACGCCAUGUGGGAGCGCGAGUGGCACGAAUACAUGAUGGUGAUUGCCAAAAAGUCGCCGGCACUUGUGAUUGAAACAGCAACAGACCAUCUUGAAAGUGAUCUCGAAUACAAUACGGUUCUCAGUGCAGGCGAGCCAUCAUCAACGCUAGCAACAAGUAUGCGGCAGAAACUACAAGGCGUGCUCGUCGGUAGUCUGUAUGAUAUCAAGUAUUUGUCGUUCACUAAAAUCAUCUUCACGUUGAGCAUCUAUCACGUCGAGACAAUGCGAGGACAGAUGGGUAACUGCAGCUAUAUUCUUCGAUAUUUCAUGAGCAAUGCUGUAGCGAUCAAUUCCCCGCUUGAUCACUGUUUGCAAAAUAUCAUGGAAAGAGUUGUGGACGUAUUCAUUCGUGACGCAUUGCAAAAGGCGGCCGUGCAAUCCUUGGAUGAUGAGCUUUACAUCCAAAUGCGGGAACUCCUCAUCUCCUGCUGCCAUCGGCUACAACGUGUACAUCUUAUGGCGCUUAACAUAACCAACAGGAUGGUUAAUGCGUUUCCGCAAAUGUUCGCAAGAAAAUCACUAAUUACAUUAUUGCUCGAGCUAGUGCAGUUGACGUGGCUGGCCUGUGAAGCCGAAUAUCGCGAUGAGUACACCCCAGUAUUCCACUACACUUCGGAGCUUGCAAAAGUAACGCUAGAGCUGGGUGAUUCGUAUGUCUAUCGUAAAGAAGUCUGCACUAGCCUGUACGAUCAUGCCAAAAAAUGGCUGCAAUUUUCCAUGGAUCUCUCUCCGCUUGAAGUAACUAGUCUGCUUCAAGAUUAUUUGGCAGAAUUUGAUCGAUUCGGUGCUGGAGUGCACAUAGACGCUAUUCAUUUGGGUCGAACUCUAGCAUUAGAAAUCGGAAAGUCAGCGGCAAGAAACCAACUCACUGUAGACUUUGCUCCCAAGGUACCUAGUGUAGUGCCAGACGACGCUUCCAAUUAUGUCUAUGGAUUUACAUCUAGGCGCUAUUACACUGGUGAGAUUACCGGUGCGAGCUAUAUAGCGGCCCUGGAUCGAAACCAAGACUUGGAUAAUAGUGACAGUUUCAGCGAUAAUCAAGAGCUAUUUGGCAUAGCAAUACUCCAACGCAUGUUUGAGGAUGUCAAGAAUAAGAAAUACAUCUAUGUUCAGCGUCUCAAUCGGACUAUGCUUCGAGCGGCAGCUGUCAUAGUUUCCCUCAAGGAUGUUCAUCCCGAUCUCGUAAGCUACCUUGUACGGAUCCCGGCCCAGAUAUUUACACCUGAGUCAAUCGAUAUUGCGACCAGUGUGUGGAAUUGGGUUUUGGUCGAACGACCGGACGUAGAGAAACGAUUGAUGGUUGAAAUGUUAAACAUGUGGCGCUGGUCUCAUCGGCAUCGGAAAGGUUUAUUUUCGCCUCAUCUCAGCUACAAGAAUCCAUUUGACAGCUUUAUGACCUAUGAACCUUCGGAUCCAUCUGUGCGCCAAGAGACACAAAGAAAGGCAGAGGAGCUUUUUACACCACAUAUCACAUGGAUUUCAUUUCUGCAAAGUCGGUUAAAUGCAAUAUGUCAUCACGACAAGUACAUUGUUGGUCUGUUUACCCGAUUACUUGAAGAAACGUUUCACAAUGCUCGGUUGAUGAGUACGCAUGCGUUAUCCAGACAACCACGAUUCUAUCUAGUUCUACUAGGAUUCCGAAUUUUACAGUCGUUUCGUAUGGAAGCUGUGGCAGAACACAGGUUCCGAACCCUAGUUUACGAUUCUGCAUUCUGCUGGUUUUCAUUAUCACCAAAGUGGCAUUAUGGAUCCAGGAAAAAUUAUAUACUACAAGAGUAUAAACUCUUGAGUGAUGUAUACAAUGCUGUCAACAGGGAUAUGCCACGGUUAGCGCAUAUAUUAACGAGCUCACCGUUACGCUCGUCAAAUUCUCAAAUCGCAGCAGGCCUGUAUAAGUUUGUGGACGAUAAAACCAAAGAUGACAUUAUUAAGCAACAUAUUUCUAAGAAGAAACUGCUUUUAUUGUUCCUUGAAAGCGAGCUGUCGCGCUUAUCGGUCUGGUGCAAUCCGCUUAAUGACAUGGGUCAUGGUCGUCCACCGACCUUUGUUGGCACGGUUGAAAAGAGCAUGACAAAUGAUGAUGUAUGGAAGAAAAUGAUCCGUUUUGCUUGGGAGCUAUCGCCAAAACUUGCUAUCCAGCUCGAUAAAAGGUUCAUCCAACCCAUCGUGCACAAGGAGCUACAUAAAUUAGUGGCAAACAACACACUCGAUGCGGUGGAUAUACCCGAGGCUCUAGUACUACUACUUGGUGAUGGACUCCAACCAGAUGCUAGACUCGACCUCAGGCAUCUACAGUACUGGGCACCUGUACCGCCGAUUACAGCAACAAAUUACUUUUUGCCCGCUUUUAGGGACAAUCCCCAUAUUUUACAAUAUGCUAUGCGCUCGCUUGAAUAUUAUCCUGUCGAUCUGGUAUUCUUCUAUGUCCCUCAAAUAGUACAAGCCUUACGCUACGAUGAUUACGGUUAUGUGGAAAAGUAUAUCAUGGAAGCAGCGCAAGAGUCCCAGCUAUUUGCACAUCAGAUUAUUUGGAACAUGCAAGCAAACUACUAUCUUGAUGCUGACAAGGAAUGUGAAAAGCCCGAUCCGAUAAAACCAACACUUGAAAGAAUUGUGGAUCAACUGGCCAACUCUUUUACUGGGGACGAUCGCGAGUUCUACGAGCGCGAGUUUACGUUUUUCAACAAAGUUACCGCCAUCUCAGGGUAUCUCAAAGAAUAUAUAAAGUUAGGACAGAGCGAAAAGAAGCCGAAGCAAAAGAUACGAUUGGAUGAAGAAUUGGGUAAAAUCGAAGUAGACCCGGGAGUCUAUCUUCCCAGCAAUCCAGAUGGCGAAGUCGUUGACAUCGAACGUAAAUCAGGAAAGCCACUACAAAGUCACGCCAAGGCGCCAUUCAUGGCUACAUUCAAGGUCAAAAAGAAAGAAGGAGAGAUUCUUCUGAGCGCUAUUUUCAAAGUGGGCGAUGACUGUCGGCAAGACGUACUGGCCUUGCAACUUAUUGCCGUAUUCAAGACAAUUUUUAAUUCUGUCGGUUUGGAUCUGUACUUAUUCCCCUAUCGCGUCGUUGCAACUGCGCCGGGUCAAGGUGUGAUUGAUGUCAUAAAGCAUGCAAUUUCUCGCGACCAGUUGGGUAGAGAGAAAGUGAACAACAUGUACGAUUAUUUUGUGGCAAAGUAUGGUGAACCAGAUUCUGUCCGCUUUCAGCAAGCUCGAUCCAAUUUCGUUAAGAGCCUUGCCGCAUAUUCGGUUCUUUCAUAUUUGCUCCAGUUUAAGGACAGGCAUAACGGUAAUAUUAUGCUGGAUGACCAAGGUCAUAUUCUUCAUAUUGACUUUGGAUUCAUUUUCGACAUUGCACCUGGUGGUAUCACUUUUGAGAGCUCGCCGUUUAAGCUCACUACAGAGAUGAUACAGGUCAUGGGUGGCGGCAGUGACGAGCAAGCAUUCAAACAAUUCUCAGAAUUGGUGGUCAAAGCGUACCUUGCCAGUAGACCUUUUGCCGACCAGAUAUGCCAGACUGUCGCGCUUAUGCUAGAGUCAGGAUUACCCUGCUUCAAAGGAGAAACACUUCGUCGCAUGCAGGUGCGCUUUCAGCUGGACAGAUCCGAACGGGUAGCGGCUAACUUUAUUAUGAUGCGAAUUCGAGACUCUUUUGAGAACCAAAGAACGGUCAUGUAUGACUAUUUCCAAAAACUUACCAACGGAAUUCCAUACUAA